GUCGAUUCUCUUCUACUAUACAAUAGGUUAUUGAUCGGGGACCGAAGCGUCAAGAGGUUUUACAAUUAGAAUGGUCAUUGAGAGGGCGGAAAUGCCUUCCAUCGAGCUAUUUAUACGAUACAAAUUUGUCGAACAACACGAUUUCGAUACUAACAGGAUUGUUAUUGAGAGGAGUCGGAAUUUAGACACCCCCCGCCCCUUACCCUACCGCACAUGACGAUUGAGAGGGCAAAGAAUGGUCAUAUCAUC